AUGGUCCACGCGAGCAUCUCACUAUGAAAACAAUAGCAUAACGGAGAUGCCCGUCAUUAUGAUCCAAAUAAACAGAUAUACGAGUAACGUGAUGUCACAACAAAUCAAGGUCAGCCACGUAUUGUGCUAAACCCUUCAGUAUGACUUCAAUCGGAAGCUAGGCACAACGCGGAAAAUGAUGAAGAAACAUCUCUUUCUCAUAGUGAUAGUGCACGUCUGUAAUUCCGAAACACCUGACUUUAUCAUACAGGCCUUCGUUAGUACAAUCAAAAGGAAUAUUGCCGAAGCAAUCGCACGCAGUUCAACCGUCGGAAGGUCAAACUUGUUGGCGAAGACGCUGAACCCGAGCACAUGGAUGCCGCAAGCCAUCGCCCGAGCCCUGGGACCCGUGUCCUUCCACAUCUCCAGCGACCCCAACAGCGGCAAGUUCAUCGACCAGGCUGUCAAACAGUACAGAGAAGCGAGCAAGAACAUGGACGCGAUACUCGAAAUAGAUGAACUGAUCGUGAAAUACGGAUUCCCAGUGGAAGUGCACCGCGCACUAACACAAGACGGUUAUGAGCUGACCAUGUACAGGAUACCCAGCAGAGGGUCUCCCGUGUUCCUCAUGCACGGCUUGCUGGGCAGCUCUGACGACUUCAUCGUGGCGGGGCGGGAGAGCGCGCUGGCGUACCUGCUGGCUGACGAGGGAUAUGACGUGUGGCUGGGCAACGCGCGCGGCAACAAACAUUCCCUCUCACAUACAAGAUUUAAACCUUCAGAAGCGGAAUUUUGGGACUUUUCCUUCCAUGAAAUUGGUGUUUUCGAUCUACCAGCCAUGAUAGACUACGUAUUAGAUGAGACCAAUGAAACUGCUCUCACAUACAUCGGCCACUCGCAAGGGACCACCUCGUUCUUCGUGAUGGCUUCGGAGAAACCUGAAUAUAAUAACAAGAUACACCUGAUGAUCGCGCUGGCUCCCGUGGCGUUCAUGUCGAACGUGAAGUCUCCUAUAGUGCGCCUGAUGGCUCCCGGGACGUUUGUGUUGCAUGGAUUUUCGAAGAGCUUGGGCAUGCAUGAGUUUCUACCGGACAAUAAGUUUGUGAGGGUGAUGAAGCUGCUGCUCUGUGAGGGGGGGCCGAUAGCUGAGAUAGUGUGCAACAAUGCGCUGUUUCUCGUGGCGGGGUUUGACUACCAGCAGCUGAACAUCACGAACCUGCCGGUUAUAUUGGGCCACGUGCCCUCGGGGGCUUCUAUAAAGCAGUUCACGCACUACGGGCAGGGCGUGCUGAGUGACGAGUUCCGUCAGUUCGACUACGGGUUUCAGGGGAACUUGAAGCGGUACGGGGAGGGCGUGCCUCCGACCUACGAGCUGGAGAACGUGAUGGCUCCGGUGAUGCUGUUCUACAGUGAAGCAGACUGGUUGGCGCACACGAAGGACGUGGCGCGCCUGCAUCAGCGGCUGGGCAGCGUGGUGGACACCUACAAGGUGCCCUUCGAUGAGUUCAGUCACCUGGACUUCAUCAUGGCGCGGGAUGUCAAGGAGCUGGUGUACAACCGAGUGCUCAAGGUUAUGAGGGCAGUUAGAACAUGAACAUUAUUAGUUGAAGGGACGUCUCUACAUAAACGUUAAAGUACUAAAUUUUUUUUUCC